GCUCUGUCAACCGUCGAUCCAUACGAUCUUCCAGAACCCUGACACCGCGCCGGUAAUCUCACCGCAUGGGAACCGGAGAACAGAGCAUCGCUUCAGCAGAGCUCUCCAAGACUCCAAUCUCCACCGGCCCGCCGGCGGACCCUCCUCCUCCUCCUCCUCAUCCUCCGCCUCUGCCGCCGCCGGCGCACUCGGACGGGUCGACCUCCGCCCAGGCACUCUACAGCGGCUUAACGGCCGCCGCCUCCGCCAGGAUCCCGGUAUUCCACCCGCCGCUCGCAGUCUCCUUGCCCUACCCCUGGGGAAGCCAGUAUCCGAUGCCGCCGUGUGGAACCCCGAUCGCUUACGCUCCAAUGUAUCCUCAUGGAGGAAUCUAUGCCCAGCCUGCCAUGGCUACGGGAUCGGUAUACAUAGCAGCAGAAGCAGAGAGGAGGUUGGCGGAGAAAAAAUCUAAAGAAGAGUCUUGGAACGGGGGAGAAGGGAUGAAGGCAUCAUCAGAGUCUGCUAAGGAGGAUGCUUCCCAGAGUGUUAACAUCGAAAGUGAGGGCUCAUCGAGCACCGGCCUGCAGGUACUUGAUGAUAGAUGGAGUGCUCAUGAAGACUAUGUUGCAACUCGGAAGAAAAAUAUUGGCAAGACACUUUGGGAUGGAGGAAGUAUGCAGCAUACUGGUUCUAGUCAAAAUGACAACACUACUGCCGAAUCAUUUUACAGUGCAGCAUCUUUGUCUCCAAUGGCUGGACGGAAAGAACGUUGGCAUAAACAUCAUUGGAUGCUGGAUGAGCGUGAACUUAAGAAGCAAAGAAGGAAGCAGUUGAACAGAGAGUCAGCAAGGAGGUCAAGGCUUCGAAAGCAGCAACAAUAUCAGGAUUUGGCAAGGAGGGUGGAUAUGCUGAACGGUGAGAACUGUGCACUCAGAAGAGAGCUUGAACAACUUGAUAAACACUGCAAGGAGCUGGAUUCAGAAAAUGCAUCAAUUGCAGAGGAGCUGAGUAAAAUCUUCCAUUGAAGGCAUUAGCGGUGAUUUAUCAGCCAUGCAUUCAAUUGAUGCUGAAAGCAGUGACCAUCUUCAUCAUGGUUUGGUGGGAUUCAGUUGGGCAAAUGAGAAGAUGUUAAGAUUCAGUGGUUAAGCCUAAAUUUAUCUGGUCAACAAAGAACUCUUUUCCUUCUGUCAUUGUUCUGGGGGCCUGUCACCUUUUUUUGUCAUCAAAAUGCGGCAUUCCUUAAUACGUCUCUCCACAGGUUUUUUACCAAUUAUUUUCUUUGGUGGCUUGUAGUACAUUGCUGUAAAUGUACUCAAAAGAUGCAGGGAUUUAAUCAGCAAUUCUUUUUUAUACAUAUGGUGCGAGUUUGUUA